UACACACUCUCAGUGCGUGCUUGCGCGCGAAUAAGUGUGUGUGUGUGUGUGUGUGUGGGUGUGGGUGUGUGCGUCCUGAAGGUCCGACCCUCAGCCCGCGGCCCCCAGAGCACUUCAUCAAGCAACAGGCUGGACGAGAGGAGGAAAAGGAAACGAGUGUAAAUCCUUUCAGGUCCACAUGAAUCUCAUUUGUACACUUGGAGAAAAGGCCGCAUGUUGUCUCUCUGUCUUCCACACAUCCUUUCCCUGGUAAGGAUAGAGAGAGAGAGAGAGAGAGAGAGAGAGAGAGGCGGUUUACCUGAACGCUCUUUUCCUUCGGAUUUACCUUCCGGUGAAUUAAAUGAGUUCAGAAUAACGCAUGCAAUUUUGUUGCAACUUUUAAAAAACCCACCUGAAUUGUGGAAACCUGGAAAUGAAGAGAGACUGGAUGCUUUUCGGCAGAAUUUGGAUCGGGAUCGCCUCUAUCUCAGGUCUGGUAGCUGGGUUUUCUAUGACCCCUCCUACUCUCAGCAGCAAAGACCAGCUCGUGAUUGACGCCAGUGACACACUGACUAUUACAUGCAGGGGGCAGCACAUUCUGGACUGGACUUGGCCAGAGCAGUCUCUUAUAAAGGAGGAGUUCAGUGAGCAACAUCAGCAGCAGUUGCUCAUCCAGGAUAAGAGAGCAUUGUGGGUAAAGGAGUGCCAGGGGGAGCCUGGGAAACCAUACUGCAAGAUUCUGGUGCUGACCAAAAGCCAGAGCAAUGACACAGGCUACUACAAAUGCUUCUACCAGGACAUUAAAGCUGUUAUUGAUGGGAUCACAUCUGUCAGUUUAUAUGUCUUUGUUCGAGACCCAGAUCAACCAUUUGUCAAGACAAGUGACAGUAUGGAAACCAUCUAUAUAACAACAUCUGACACACAUAUAGAAAUUCCAUGCCUGGUCUCAGAUCCUGAACUGAAUGUCUCACUCUACUCGUUAGAUCAAACCACUGUUCCUUUUGAAAGCAAAGAGAUCACGUGGGACAGCAAGAAAGGCUGGUCUGUUCCCAGGGAUGUCAUCUAUCGUAUGGCCAUGAUUUUUGGCUUUUUCUGUUCCCUGACAUUACAUGACAAAGAGUACAAGUCCAAUGUCUACAUUUUGAUGGAAACAGGAAGUGAGUUUUAUGAUCUCAAGCUGUUUCCUGAAGACUCACCCAUCGAGCUAAUGCAAGGCAAUGUCCUCAUCCUCAACUGCACAGCAAUGGUAGAGCACAACACAGGCGUGGAAUUCAAUUGGGCCUACCCAAGACAAAAGGAAAACAGUGUGGCGACCUUUCAGUCCAUUCGCAACAGCAUAACAAAAGGCACACAGGCAACCAGCAUUCUCACUCUCCAAAAUUCCAACAUUAAGGACUCUGGUUAUUACACCUGCUCAGCCAAUGGCGUAAAGAAGCGGCUAGAAAAAAACACACUGGUCAUUGUGCAUGAAAAGCCAUUCAUUACUUUGGACUACUUGAACAGCGAUGUGGUGGAAGCUACAGUCGAACAAAAGUCUGUCAAGCUAUUAGUUAAAGUGUCUGCAUUUCCUAUGCCAGCCACCCACUGGUAUAAAAAUAUGACAAGGAUAACAAAGCGGCCAGAGUUCAGCCGGUUUAAGAUUCACAAUCAUAACCUGGAGAUCAGGAACGUGCGCAGAGAGGAUGCAGGGAACUACACUUUGGUUCUGAAUAACAGUGAUGCUGGCAUAGUGAAGAAACUCCACUUUAUUCUGAUCGUCAAUGUGCCACCUCAGAUUCAUGAGAAGGAGACAGCAGCACCUUCUAACCCCUACAGGAGAGGAAGUCGACAGAUUCUGACUUGUACAGCUACUGGUUAUCCUUAUCCAACAUCCAUCACCUGGCAGUGGAGACCGUGGAGCCCUUGUGGCCUUAAUUCCAUUAAAAAAACUCUAGCUCAUAGAAGCCAACGAGACAAUGUCCCUCUCUGUCAGGACUGGCUUGAUUUGGACUUUGAACACACUCUGAACACAAUUGACAGCAUGGACACAUGGAAUGAGACAGUGGAUGGCAAGCAAAAGACAGUUGGCCGUGUGGUCAUACCCAACGCAAACGUUUCGACCAUGUACAAAUGUUCUGCUGAGAACAAAGUGGGAAAAGAUGAGAUGAUUAUCUACUUUUAUGUGACCACCAUUCCAGAAGGCUUUGGGAUUGAUAUGGAGCCCUUGGAAGAGCUAUUGGAGCUGAAGCCUGUUAAUUUGAAAUGCAGCGCUGACAACUACACAUACGAGAACCUGCGCUGGUAUCGUCUAGACCCACAAGCCGUGCCUCCAGAGGACUGUAAGAGCCUGCACCAGUAUGCUGAGCCUCUGGUUGGGAACCUCUCUUUCGACUCCUACACUAACAACUGGGUGCUGGAGCUGAGCAUUCCCAAAGUGCAUUUGCAGGAUGAAGGCAAUUACGUUUGUGAGGUGCAGAACCGGCAGAGUGGUGAUAAGCACUGCCACCGAAAAUACAUUUCUGUGAAGGCUCUGGAGGCCCCGAGGUAUCGGCGCAACCCCAUCAAUCAGAUAGUGAAUGUGAGCGCAUCUCUACAUAUUGAGUGUGAUGUUGAAGGCACUCCCUCUCCCCAGCUGUCUUGGUUUAAAGACAACCAACCUCUCCAUCAAAUAUCAGCUUUGUGGAUUUGCACAGGGAUCAUUCUGCAGGACUCUAACCAGUCACUCAGCAUCCAGCGUGUGCGUGAGGAGGAUGCAGGUCUGUACACUUGCACUGCCUGCAACCAAAGAGGCUGCAUUCAAUCCUCAGCAACAGUGUCUGUAAUCGGAUCUAACAACAACACAAAUGUGGAAAUCGUGAUCCUUAUCGGCACUGGAGUAAUUGCCAUCUUCUUUUGGGUUCUUCUCAUCCUAAUCUUCUGCAAAGUCAAACGGGUGAACCCAGCUGAUAUCAAGACAAGCUAUCUAUCUAUUAUUAUGGAUCCAGGUGAGGUGCCUCUGGAGGAACAAUGUGAAUAUCUGCCAUACGAUUCCAGCCAAUGGGAAAUUUCAAGGGACCGUUUGCGGCUUGGGAAGGUGCUAGGUCAUGGUGCAUUUGGGAAGGUGAUUGAGGCCUCCAUCUAUAGCAGUGAUAAGAAGAGCAGUUUUGGCACUGUGGCUGUUAAGAUGCUCAAAGAGGGAGCGACAGCCAGUGAGCAUAAAGCCCUCAUGUCUGAGCUAAAAAUCCUCAUCCACAUAGGAAAUCAUCUGAAUGUGGUUAACCUGUUGGGAGCUUGCACCAAACCGAAUGGUCCCCUCAUGGUUGUGGUGGAGUACUGCAAAUAUGGAAAUUUAUCCAACUACCUGCGGGCAAAAAGGGAAUUUUUCCUGCCAUACAGGGACCGUUCCCCUAAAACCCGGAGCCAGGUGAGGAGGAUGAUGGAGGCUGGGCAGGUAGAGCAGAGAAGUCGUCAACCUUCUUCCUCUGGAAGCACCCCGAAUCAGCUUUUUGGUAAAUCCAGCUCAAAGAGCUCCUCCACAGAGAAAAUGGAGGACCUCUGGAAGAAGCCUCUUACAAUAGAGGAUCUAAUAUGCUACAGUUACCAGGUGGCACGAGGGAUGGAGUUCUUAGCAUCUCGCAAGUGCAUCCAUCGAGACUUGGCAGCCCGGAACAUUCUGCUGUCAGAGAACAAUGUGGUGAAGAUUUGUGACUUUGGACUGGCUCGUGACAUCUACAAGGACCCAGAUUACGUCCGGAAAGGCAAUGCCAGACUGCCUCUUAAGUGGAUGGCUCCUGAGAGCAUCUUUGAUAAAGUCUACACCAGUCAGAGUGACGUGUGGUCUUUUGGCGUGCUGCUGUGGGAGAUAUUCUCAUUAGGUGCCUCGCCUUAUCCCGGCAUCCAGAUUGAUGAGGAUUUCUGUAAAAGGCUGAAGGAUGGCACCAGGAUGAGGGCUCCUGAGACGGCUUCGCCAGAAAUAUAUGGGAUCAUGUUGGCCUGCUGGCAGGGUGAGCCCAGAGAAAGGCCUACAUUUCCUGCCCUGGUAGGGAUACUGGGAGACCUUUUACAGGACAACAGCUUACCAGACAUCCCCUUCAGUGGCUCACAGAGCUCAGAGGAUGAUGGGUUUUCUCAGGCCUCCUCCAGACCUCCAUCAGAGGAAGAGUUGAGAUUGGCCUGUAACACAAUGCCAGCCAGAUACUAUAAUUGCGUGCCAUUCUCUGGGUGUGUGAUGGUGAACCCCUCUACAACAUGUCAUUCACGGGUAAAAACUUUUGAAGAGCUGCCGAUGGUGAUGACCUCUCAUAAGUCACAUCAUGACAGCCAGACAGACAGCGGAAUGGUGUUGGCGUCUGAAGAGCUGGAGAGGCUUGAGCACAAGCACAGAGGAGCUGUGUUGAAGACUAAGGCAGCAGGCAACAGCACAGAGCACCUGAUUGAUGGCUCAAGUGAGAACAGCACAAGCAUCAGCAUACACCGGCCGAUUUUCUUUAGCCAGCUCAGUGGCCAGACCUUCUACAACAAUGAGUAUGGCCAGCUUGCCGAAGAAGGCAUGAGCGAGUUCUUUUCGAUGCCGGAGCUGGCCAUGAGUGAGGCGUCUUGCCCUGCAACAUCCAACUUGUAACAUUAUCUGAAAGACAUCAUCGUAUCAAUCAUGGCUCAAACCUGCCUUACAAUCCGAACUCUACUGCACUUCCUUCACCUCUCAGUAUGUUCUCUUUGCUGCCACUGGGUGGCACCAUUACGCCAGUCACAAAUAGAAAAAUUAUAUUUUAACUCCUGAUGCAUUUAUCAUGUUAUGAAGUGUACGCUUCUUUUGUUUAUUUGUACAAAAUACAGCCCAGAAUGGGAAAAAAUAAAGCAAUUUAUCUUCUUUUAAA